AGUUCCUGCAGGCUGGCACGUUAGCUUACUUUUUCACCCAUUAGCCUAUACAGGCUUCCUAAAAAAACAAAAACAAUAAAGGCCCUAAAAUAUUUAGCUGAACUUCUAGACCUGAUUUAGUACCCGUCGUUGAUUGUUAAUGAGAGAGAAAAAACACGGUAUAUCGGAACAACAUCCGAAUGGUGAUGCUUUUAUUCUGACGAAAUCAGAGCGGAAGUGUUGUUUUCCCGAGGAAGCCGCGAAGACCGACCAGGCUGCAACUUCGACGGAACUCCGGAAUACAGACGAGAUGGACAACAUAUCCAUCGAAAGUUUAAUCCUGAAGCUCCACGACGUGAACGGGGUGAAGUUCGGGGAGUACACGCUGAAGAGCGGCCUGCUGACGCCGAUUUACAUCGACCUGAGGGUCCUGGUGUCCCACCCAGCGCUCAUGAACCAGGUGUCAAGUCUUCUCUACCAGCGGGUGCAAGACGAGGGACUACAAUUUGACUCUGUGUGUGGGGUUCCCUACACAGCCCUGCCUUUGGCCACGAUCAUCUGUUCUAGGAACGAACUGCCCAUGCUCAUCAGGAGGAAGGAGGCCAAGGACUAUGGAACCAAGCGUCUGGUGGAGGGCUCGUUUCGAGAGGGGGACACAUGUCUGAUCAUCGAGGACACGGUGACCACCGGCAGCAGCAUCCUGGACACUGCUGAAGUGCUCUACAAAGAGGGCCUGAAGGUGACCGAUGCCGUUGUACUAAUGGACAGAGAGCAAGGCGCCGUAGAGAUGUUGGCGUCUCGGGGAAUCAAGCUCCAUCCCCUCAUCUCCAUGUUCAAGCUGCUCGAAGUGCUGCAGGUGGCCGAACGCAUCGACGCCAAAACCGUCCAGACCGUCAAAAAGUUCAUCCUGGACAACAACACUUUCAGAAGGAAGGAUGAUAAUGGAAAUGGGGUCCCUGCCACCAAGAAGGCGUGCGUGGAGAAGAACGUUGAGCUGAGCUACGCAGACAGAGCCAAACUACCAAACGUUCACCCUCUGGCGUCCACGCUGCUGAAGACCAUGGAGGAGAAGCGGUCAAACCUCUGCGUGUCCGCUGAUGUGACGAGCAGCGAGGAGCUCCUUCGCCUGGCGGACUCUCUUGGUCCCACCAUCUGCAUGCUGAAGACCCACGUAGACAUCCUGAAGGACUACACAGUGGCCUUCGGCCAGAAACUGCAGGCGUUGGCCGAGAAACACAACUUCCUCAUCUUCGAAGAUCGCAAGUUUGCCGACAUUGGAAACACAGUCAAGCGUCAGUAUGAAGGUGGGUUGUACCAGAUCUCAUCUUGGUCCCACAUAGUGAAUGCCCAUGCAGUGCCGGGGCCCGGGGUUGUGAAGGGCCUGAGUGCUGUAGGAAAGCCUCUAGGCCGAGGCUGUUUGCUCAUAGCACAAAUGAGCUCCCAGGGGUCGCUGGCUACUGGUGAAUACACACAGGCUGUGCUGACGAUGGCAGAGGAGCAGUCAGACUUUGUGAUUGGGUUUAUCUGUGGCUCUAAGAUCACCAAGAGGCCAGAGUUCAUUCACAUGACCCCUGGGGUGCAGAUGCAGGCCAGAGGUGAUGGGUUGGGCCAGCAGUACUCCACCCCAGAGGAAGUCGUCUACAGCAAAGGCUCUGAUGUCAUCAUCGUCGGUCGGGGUAUCCUGGAGGCCCCUGAUAGGCUGAAAGCUGCCGAGUCGUACAGAAAGUCAGGCUGGGAGUCUUACACAAAGAGACUGGGCCAGAGGGGCCAAUAGGUCGGCAGUGGCAUCGGCAUCGUUGCGUCUAAUUUCAAAUUGAACAUACAACUUUUGAUAAGGACUUCUGCAAAUUACCCUUUUUGAAUUAUUUUCUCCACCAGUGUGCACAUUGUUGUAUACAUAGAUGCAUAUGUUGACAUUUGCAGAAGGUACCUGACAGGCGUGGGUACACUUUACUGUCGAACAUGUGUAAAUGCCAACUUUUGAUUCAGCCGUAUGGAUGAGCUUCUGUCACUGUGUUCUUCCGACUCCCUCGUAUCAAUAAACUGCACGACUUGACCUGAAGUCCAUCUGCUGCGGUAGCUCUGACCAGCUUCGUGAA